UCUCAUACCAGCCACCGCCAUUGAGGCUGAGUUAAAACUUUAAUUUAUUUUAAUGUAGUUGUUGGGGCAUUUUAAUUCCAUCAAAGGAAAUGACACAAAACAAUCUACAAACAUUCAUUUGCUGCUUUUAAAUGAAUUGGAUUCAGCUGUGCUGGGUUUCUCCUUCUGGGUUCUACUUUGAGAUUUACUUUUUGCUCAGAGGCGUAAGCAGUCGAGGAUUGUGAAACUUAAAAAUCACAAUCUAAAUUCAGUGUUUCAUACAUGAAUAUUUAAGCAGAGUGAUAUUCUCUAUUCUUUCCGUAAGGUCCCAUUUUUAAUCAUUAAUGUCUGCUCUUUUGAGCAAAUAAGCUCCAUGUAUAUAUGACUUGUAUGCGUUGUAAAAAAUGAUAGUUCUCUGGGACAAGCUCCAGUGUCACAAUAUGCUGUCUAUGAAUAUUUAUGGAUCUAUCAGCACCGGUGAAUAUUGAAUUUGCUGAUAAACAUUGUAGUGGAAUUUUUUAUUUUUUAAAGAGGCAGAGAAACAAUUUCCAAAUUGGGUCUAAUUCAGGGCAUAUUUUUGGCCAAAAAUAAUCUUUCGUUGUCAUUGUUAAGAAAAAAAUAAGCUUUCUCGCUGAAAGCAACUUUUGCAUGUAUAAUUCAUCUGAAUUAUAGGAAAAAGCAACCUUUUCAAUGAUUCUGAAUAACACAGAACACAAAAAUUAUGUCAUUUGUGGCAAAGAUUUAAAGUGAACAAAAAUGAAAUUUGAGAGUUUGGGAAUAUAAGACUUACAUUACCCAUAACUUGCAUGUUAGUUGUAGCAUACCAGUCAGUGUGCUUGCAUCAGCACUUUCAGGUUGUAAUAAAAGCUUUUCAUCCAGAUACAUUGGUGUUUAGUUAGAACUGUGCAGAAAACCUAUUGAGCUGUUGUGAGAAUGUGCAUACAUCUCACAUUGUGUAUAAGUGAGCAUUGUUGCUUCUUGCACUCAGACCACAAAUGUAGCACUUGUUUCUUUUUCAGUUCCACAAGUGUGGCAGUGUUCUAUUUUUUCUUUUCUUUACUUGAUGUAUUUUUGCAUACAUAGGAGGACAUAAGUAUAUGUCCUUCCUCUUCUCAGUACCUUCCAUGAAACACCCUUGUAUUUAAAUAUGGGUAAUAUGAGUGUAAGCAGCUCAUGACCAUAAGUUACCCAAAAGGAGGGUCUUGUUGCAACACGUAUGACGUUUCUAUAUCAACUGUGUCACAAAGAUACUUGCUAGCUUGGUGCAUAUUGGGGUUUGACUUAAGAAUGAGAACAACAUAUCAGUACUUCCCAUAGGAUGACAACAUAAUUUUCCAGUCAUCUCUAGCUGUGUGUGGGAGACCGAAGUGAUACAGAUGAUGGUAUGAAGGAGAGAAGAAUGAAAGGACUGAGAAGAGCUUGAGGAAAUGCAGAGGGCUGAUUCCUUUUGCUGAAGAUGACUCAAACAUGGGCAGUUCCGGCUGUGGUCUUUCUCUUGGUGAUCCACCUGAUUGGAGGGUCAGCUUAUAGAAGGGUGAAUGUGGAGGCUGGUCAUGAGGCUGUGUUGAAUUGCCCAUCAGUUUCCAAGCUGACUUUGGUAAUGGUGACAUGGAAGAUGAAAUCCAGCACUUCCUGCUUUUUGGCUUAUAGAAAGGAUCUCAAUGAGACAAGAAUGUUAAACUGCAGUGAGAGGAUGAUGUGGAAAUACUCUCCUGACCUUGACCCAACUCUCUGUAUUUUCCCUGUGAACCUGAAUGAUGAGGGAAAUUACACCUGUGAAAUUGUCAGCAGUGAGGGGAAUUUUCUUUUUUUCUUUUCUCUGACUGUCAUAGUCCCUCCUACAUUGUCUCUGACCUCGGACAAGAACAGAGUGGCUGUUUGCCAAGCUACUGCUGGAAAACCAGCUGCUAAAAUCUCCUGGAUCCCUGGAAGUAAUUACAGUGUUGAGAAAGAUGUCCACCACCUCAACGGAACAGUGACCAGGAUCAGCUACAUAAACUGGGUCAACAGCACGUAUCCUAAUGUCACCUGCCUGGUUACCCAUCCAGCUGUGAACCAGACUCUCUCCCUGGAUCUGUCAUACAAUUCCUCUGAGCUCCAAUAUCUCCUGAUCGGACUGCCUGCAAGUCUUGCUGUUGUCUGUGGUGCUGGAGUGACCUUAUGCUUGAUUUUAAGGUGCAGGGCCUCCCGACUACGGAAGAAGUCACAUCAGUCACCAGUGCAGACUGUGACUGAAAACUUCAGGUUCACACCACUGCAUCUGAACGCACCUGUGAUGGACCAUUCUGUCUCACCAGAGAAAAUCUAUCAGAAUUACAAACCACAAGCUACAUUUAUGGGCUAUUAACUGUGUAGGCACCAUCAGUCUAUACCAGCUCAACUAUGAAUUAUACUCAGUUACUUGAACCUGUCCUUGAUCUAGCAAAUCUCAGACCUUAUGCAGAGCAGGACAGCAAAAUACUCUAAACUGGCCAAGAAAAGCCUUUGUCUAUCCUAACACUGAAGGGAGCCAGGGGAGCAACCUGUUUAAGUCACCAGUUCCUCUCUUUCUGUAAAUAUCAGUACAGCUGUUAAAGCAUUUGAAAGUUGCAAAGGCUGAGGUGGAGAAAUACACAUUUGAUUUUGAUUUGAGAGUGGGCUCUGAGAUAUGUGCCAUUUUCCCACACAUCCAUAACUGAUAGGUUUCUGUGACAGAGUAAAAGACUUGGUGGAAAUGUAUCACUUCUUUGUCCACCUUAGCAUCUAGAUUCUCUUCCCAUUUUCAAGAUGGAAACCAGGAAGUCAUAGAGUCAUAGAAUGCCUUGGGUUGGAAGAGACCUCAAGGAUCAUUAAGUUCCACCCCCACUGCUGCAGGCAGGGCCACCAACCUCUACACUUAAUACUAGAUCAAAGAACCCUAAAACAAAGAAGGACUAUCUGGCAGAAAUACAGGAAUAAAAGAGUUUUGUUCUAGGUAAAAAUACUGAUUGAUUAAUUUCUGUUUCUGUAUAUUGGGCUUGUGAAACCUUUUUAAAACACUAAUGCAGCACCAAAACAUAUUUAAGUGUGCGCUUUGAAUGGUCUUUGUCUGCUAGUUGUUGGAGGAGUUCUCAGGCAUGAGGAUCCCUCUGUGCCUUUUAAUUGCAGUUCCCUUUAUCAGCUUUAGAUAGGCAUGGGCUGGCACAUACUGAUGCUAUUCCAGGCUUUCCUAUCAGUCGCAGCACAAAGGCAUUAAGAACAACUCCUUGGCUCAUGGAAAGUACCUGCAGUACCUAGUUCAUUCAUACCAAGUGGAGCCAUUCCUGCUAAAUGUCAGUGGUGGGUGACUACUUCAGAGCUGUGUGCAGCCUCUUCAUAUCAUCUGUACCUCAUCAUGAAUACAGCCUAUGGGAGAAAAAAGUGACGGCUUAAAAUUAGCGAAAAGAGGUUUUCAGUGAUGCUAGUUGGAAAACCAUCUUGUAGCUCUAGUGAAACAGACAGCAUGUUUUCAGUAGUGAGUGGUUUCCCAGUUCUGCUGGCCUCUAGUUGGCAGUACAUAAUUGGUGUAGUUCAGCACCCUUUUUUGCUCUCCAUGUCAGCCUGGACUUUUCGUAGCCAGGGUGCUGUCAUGGAGUUGUUUCUGGAAGCCUCUAAAACAGCAGAAAGAUGUCUUGUUUCUUAGAGAACUGCCCAGUUGGGUCUAAACCAGAGCUACAACUACACUGAUUUGAGUCUUUUAUUCAGAAGCUGGACUAUUGCAGCCAGACCUCAGGAUAACAUUGCUUAAAACCUGAAUGAAGUUAAGUUGUGGAGCAAUCUAUUUCCUAUGACCAUAGUGCACACCAAAUGUCUUGUGAUUUUUAGUGUGCAGUUCAAGAACUUCUCAUGAUUCUCUUGCACCAUAUGAAAUGUGGAAUAGUAAGACCUAAUGCAGAUGCAGGAAAUAAAAUUUAGGGGCAUGACUGUGUUGGGAAGCCCUGUCUGAGGCUUCCUCUGGAGUAUAAUAAUUGGACAGGUCUGAAAAACAUGGUGCCCAUGCUCAUGACAGGGGGUUUGGAACAUGAUGAUCCUUGGGGUCCCUUCCAACCCGAGCCAUUCCAUGAUUCUAUGACUUUACUUUUUUUCUGCUCAUUUUUAAAUGUAUUAUGGUCACAGUACAAGUGAUAGGAAGUUUCAGAUACAUAGUUUUUGUCUUUUUAGCUAUCUGUAAUUCACGUCAGCUUUUGGACCAUAUCCAAGCUGCCAACAGGUGAUAACUGUUAUAGUGACCUGACAGCACUCCUAAGGGAGUAGUCUUUGACAGGAGGAAGAUGUGACAAGCCAAGCCAUGGGCCUGUGAGGAUGUUCAGAAAGGAAGCCUUUGGUUCUAGGGCUAAGACACACAGGUCUCUGAGGUGAGGAAGUCUGUGAAGAAGCAGUCAGAGGAAAACAGAGUAGCUUGGAGAAGGGGAUUGACAGAGGGAAACAAGACAGCUAGGGACUGAGAGCAGGCAUGAUUGUUGCAACUCCAUACUUAAUUGUGUGACUGACUGCUUUUUCCAUUCAUUCUGUCACUGGCUACCUUUAUUUCUGAUCCUGACUGGGGAAAGACAAGAUUUUGUUAUACGGGAAGCACUCCAAACUCCUCUCUCAGCAUCAGAAACAUCCAUGGACUCUCCUGGGCCUGCUACCUGAGACCUGCUGCUUCUUCCUGCUACCUGUUUGCUGCCUAGGACUAGCUGCUCUUCUGCUGUUCUCCUCCUGCUCUUUUGCCUUGGACCAUCAGGAUGGUAUGCAACAGGACUGCUGCUAGAUCCUGGUGGUGACUAUCCCUGCUUUACAUAAUUCUUUUGUAAAGCAAAAAGAAUUUUCUAUUGCCCGCCUUUCCUUCCCCAUCACCCUAACUCAUCACAGUGCCUGUCUUCCACUUCCCCAUCUCCCUGAUUAAGAUUUGUAAUAAACUGGUCGGACCAACAUUUGAACUGUUGUUUCUUAAUCUCAUGUUGGGUAUGCGUAUAUCAAAUAACUUCCCCUCCCUCCAAUAAAUUGGAGUGAGACAGCCUCCCACCUGGAUUUAAUUCAGAAGUCGAUCUGUUGAGUAUUUUGAGAACAAGAAAAUCAUUUAGAUGUUUUCUGUCAUGCUGGUUUUGUAACAGGGGAAGGCACACAGAUGUAAUCCAAAGAAUAGUCCAAAUUGUGUAUUUUGUCUUUUGCAGGAACUUGGUCUGAAAAAUAAUCAAUUUGAGGAAGUUUAUAUAUUUACCAUGCUUCUUUCCUUAACUGCAUGCUUUUGGUGCCUAUGUGGAUUUUGUCUCAAAGAAAAUUUAAGCAAAGCAGAUGUUUUAGAUUACAAACUUCCAUGUAUUCUUAUGUGGAAUUGUGAAAAAAGGCUAAGAAAACAUUGCGAAAGAGCUACUGAGAAGAAAUGGGCAUUGGAAUGAGCUAUUUGCACAUUCUGACAAAAAAUAAAUGUAUGUAUGUAUAUAUAGGCAUGUAUAUAUACACACACACAUUCUGUAGAAAUCAUAUCCUACCAUGUAUGGUACAUAUAUAUAUUCAUGUGGGAGGAUAUGAUUUGUGUAAUAGCAAAAAUAGUCCUGUACAUUUUGUAACCUGUAGGUGAACAAGCUACAGUUAAAGGAGAGCUACUCCAAAAGUAAUGUCUCUCAUUUUAUUAUGCUGUCCCAUGAUGGCAGAGGCAGAUGUUGGUGCUAUGGCAGUAGAGGUAGAACCUGCCCACUGAUAUCCCUUUACAUGUUGUUGCUGUGUGACAGAUGGCAGCAGAGGGGCAGUCUGACAGAAUGGAGUCUGACAUCGAAGUGCAUAUGGAGCAAACAUGUGUCAUUGAAUUCCUCCUUGGCUUGGUGUCUGUAUAAUCUGUAUGCAUCUUUCAUGCACUGGAGGUCAGUGAGGAGCUUAUGACUGAACCAAGUGCUCAACUGUUUGUUCUGGAAUAGUUCACAUUUGUGCUAUCAAUGAUUUUUUACUCUUAUCCACUUUUCUCUUUAUUUCCUUAUCAUCCCACCCAUGCUCUGGUGCUUUAGUUUUCUCAUUUUAUUGAUUUUUAUCUUUAAUUAUUUUAGCAUCCAGUUCUCUUUUGUUCCCUUUUAGAAUCAAAGGCAGUUCUAUUCAGUUGCUUUAGCACGUCCUAGUUCUUAUCAAUCAAUUUUUUAGAAGAAAUAUUUAUUUUUGUAAAAACAGUAACUUUCAAAUAGUCAUUUGAUUUGGAACUUACUAGUGUAUUUCACUGGACUUCCCCUGAAAGCCAUGCUUAAUCUAAGUCUCCUUUAUUUUGUCAGCUAGUACGUAAUAGGAAAUGAAUCAUUCACUUGAUUCUCUUGAUCGUAAACCACUGCUGUGCUUCGGUGCUUACAAAACAAAGCAUACCUACCAAAUAUAAAUGUACAAUAUGCAUCAUCUUAUAUGAUCUGCAGUGACAUCUGUCUUGCAUUAUUCUGCAAAAACACUGUAAACAGUUUCCCCCCCUUCAUUGUUUCUGUGCUACUUUGUGAUACUCUCUCACAGCAGCGGGGAGCCAUAAAAGCAUGCACCUUUUUUUAUUCAGCAAGGCUUUUCAAACAAACUUGGUUAUUGAUGAUUUUACUUGCUUCAGAUACAGAACAACAAAGUGCCUCUGACACAUUGUCCUGCUACUUUUGAAUGAGGCUGUCUCAGAUGCACACAUUGUUAAAGCUCUGUAUAUAACCAAGAAAUGGUUGCUCUAGCUACACCACAGAAAACAGGUGCUGCUUUAUUUUACUUAUAAGCAGUAAUAUUUUCAGAGAAAGAGGCAAAUGGUAUUACAAAUCACAGACUCACUGUGAACUUGAAAAAGCAGCAACAGUAGAAAUAACAGCAUAAGGAGGCUUUUUGCUCUGCUUCUUCCAGAUUCUUCAAUUGUCAAUAUACCACUAUACCUACUUUGAGUUUCCAAUGUAUUUUUCUGAUUGUUUUGUUAAUACAGUUUCCUGAAUUUCUUGGUGCUGAUCUGGCCUCCUUUUUGACCUUUCCUUCUCAGUUUUCUGUUUUACUGUGAAGGAAAGAUUCUGCACCAGAGGGCAGUGGGCAUGGCCACAAGUGCUGGAGUUCAGGGAGCGCUUGGCCACAGCUCUCAGACAUAGGGUUUGGAUUUUGAGUGGUGCUGUGUAGAGCUGGGAUUUGGGCUUGGUGGUCCUUGGGGGUGCCUUCCAACUCAGGACAUUCUGUGAUUCUAUAAUGACUUGAUUUUGCCUGACUGCUGCCACAGUCCCAGUAGUGCUGAUAUGUCACAGUGUUUGUAUCUAGCUGGGCUUGUACUUUGGAAUUCCACGUGUAUAUCUGAAAGAAAAAUAGUGGAGAAAAAACUAAAAUCCCUUUUAUAUUAGAUUUAUAAUCUAGGAAGUACACAACCCUCUCUUCUGUACAAAACAAGUGACCACAUUCAGAACAGUGUUCUUAAUACAGAAAUAUAUUUCCUGUACUCACUUCACACCUUGUGUGAGAAGAGUGCUGUGUGGAAAAAAAAGAUGAGUUGAGUGAGACAGUGAGAAACUCAGACCUGGAUGCCUGCCUUUGUCUUCAGCUUGCUUGACAUAUUUAAAUCAGGCAGAUUAGAAUCAAACAACAGAAAUUAGUGUCCUGCUAGGGUUUCCUCCUGCAUCAGACAAGUUAAUGUGUGCAUAGCGAUGAUACCCUCAUGGUCACCAUCUGCCUCCAGGUAUGAAUCUCUACCAGCUGCACUUGCUGUCACAUUCUUUAUCAUUGUCGUUCUUGUAUAAUUGUAUAAACAGUCUCCUAUUUGUUGGUGAUGUGCAUGUGAAGUUGUGAACAUACAGAGAAAAAGUUAUAUAUUUUUCCUUAACAUUAAUUUCUUAACAAUUUCCCAUCAACAGAGCACUUCGUUAUAUAUAAAUAUUACAAAAGACCUUAUUAGACAGACAAGUGAGGGAAAAAUGCAAAGUUUAUGCAGAAAGAGUAAUCUGAAAUGUCUUUUGUGUGUGUGUGUGAACUCAAAAUUACAGUCUAUUUCUUCUAUUAUAACACUGCUUGCAAAUCAUUUCCUUCUUUAGGUAAGUAUGUGCAUUGCUGAUACACAUGUGGAAAUCCUAUCUGAUAGAGACUGUGGACUGCAUCUCAAACUAAUGGAUUUUUAUUUUUUUUUUUCUUUCUGUGAGUAUUUUAGUCCCCUCUCGUUCUGAUGUAAUGGCAGAAAAAAAAAAUAACUGCUGGUAGUCAUUACUGACCAUCAGUACAGCAAUUUGUUGGAGCUAUUGAUAUCACUGUUUUCAUUUUGAUAGAGGAAACAGGUUGGGGUAGGGCACAGAGGAGGGAACAAGAACAAGUAAAGAUGAUGCUAAAGCAUGGAAAAAAUGAUGUACUAAAUACGUAACAUUCUUAGUUCUUAGCUACAGAUGUCACUGUCCCUCCAGCACAUUCUCAGAAAAUCAUGUAUGCCAAAUAUGGCCUGCCAAAUAAGCAAAAUGCAACUGGAGCUCUGUAUGUGCUUACUGCUCUGGUACUGAGCGGGUAUAUUAUACUAAAUCUAGUGUCCGUGUUCUGUUCCCAAUAUUUUUAUGUAACUGUUAUGUUCUGUAGUCAUCUGUUGGUAGAUGCAUUAAUAUUAGUAGUGUUAGCUUGGGUCAGGAAUGUGCUUUUGAAGAGAAGCACCCUAUAGUCCCUGCUUAAUGUUUGAGUUCAGAUUGUCAAGCAGCCGUGGAGCACCCAGCAAACCAGCUUAUUUUCUAAUGGCUUUUAAGCAGUGAGUGCACACUAGGGGUAUUCAUAGUGCUCCCCAGCUGAUAGUGAGUGCUCAGCUUCACAGGUUCAGAUUAUAGCGAGCCAAAACCAAAGUCCCCUCAACCCACCUUGUGCUCUGUUAAGCUAUUCCUGUUGAGCCUACAUCGAUGAAAAGAUAACCAGCUUUUGUUAAAAAAUGUCUUCCCAUAGGGUGAACUUCUUUUUUUAACCUGCUUUGUGUGCAGGAAAUAACCUGACCAUCAGCCCCAAGAAAACUCUGAAAACUGCUGACUUGCAGUGCUCCAGUAUUUAAUGUCCCUCUCUUUUUUACCUCUUUCUCUUAUUUCACAAAGAAUAUGCACAGAAAAUAAACAGGGCCAUAUUGAGUAUGUUCCUAGAAGGCUUCUUUAUGUCUUGGAAAAAGCAUUACAGACUGAAUCUUUUGGUAACCUGCUAUCUUGGAUUGCUCAUCCAGAAAACAAAGGAGCCAUGACCACAUGGAGGCACUGGUGCCAGCUAAACUGUGUAUUUCCUUUACAAAUGCUGGAAUAACAAGGAGAAUGAUGUAAUACAAUCUGUACAAUUAUUUGCAAAUGCAUGAGUCUCGUUUGACUUACUCGGUAUUUCAAAAAAGUAAACUGGCAUAGAAUUUCUACUACUAUCACACAACAGCUUGCAGCUAAAAAGCCAUUGUGCGUAAGUGCAAAUUGUGAAUUAGCAUAUCUCAAAAAAAAAAAAAAAAAGGAAAGUAGCAAAAAGCAAUUGCUACUAGCUGCAGUGGCAAGACACUAGUCCCAUCUCUGGAGCUCACAUGGCAAAUGUUUUAUGUGGAGGCAUUAUCUGAUGGACAGUGUAAUCAAUGCAGAACUCGGACCUAGUGGAAUGUGACUGAAUUUGCUCUGAACCAAUGAGAAGGGGAAGAAAUCUAGUUGACGGUAGUAGUCAAGUUGGCAGUAGUCAAAUAAUUUUGUCUUACAUGGGUAGGAACACACAGACAUGCGUAUGUAAUUUGCACCAGGGAAUUGAAUUGCAGGUGAUACGCUGAGCAUAAAACAGAACAUGACACUGACCUCAUCCAGGUGGAGUAGCAGUGAUUAUUACAUGACAAGGAGAAAUCAUGUUGGAAAUGAACUGUACAGAAAUUACAGUAAUAGCAGUUUAAAGGCAGUGGAGGAGUGAAUUCAUAUUAAGAAAUUAUAUUAAAAAAAUCCAAAACAGUGAUAAUAUGAGUAAAGUAGAUUAGUCACGACCAAAGUUGUUUUAGGAAGGGAUGCUAAAAGGGGGCCUCCUGGGAUAGAUUGGGAAGUUGAAAUUGGAAAUGAACAAAUAAUUCUCUAAUGUUAUUAAAGAGAGAAGUACUCCUGAGAUUUGUGUCACAGGAAAUUUUCUCAGUCACCGAGACUAAAAAUCACUAGCAAAAAUAGACUGUGUCAUUGGUAUGAAAAUGUAUAGGUAUAUCUAACUGAGCAGCCAGUGAACCAACUGAGAGUGCUACUACUCAGAAGUUUGUUUCCAUGACUAACACCAGCAGUAUAGAUGAGGUUAUCGUAGGAAAUAUCUGAAGUGAUCACAUGAGGUUGAUUGAUUUACUUGAUGUGAGUUGGAAUGCAGGUCUGUGACUCUUAUUCUUACUUUAAAUUGGAAAAACUGUAUAUGAUGGGGGAACUAAAUGGUGAAGUCACUAGGAGUAAGAAGGUCAGGACUUCAUUUUAACUGAAGCCUGGAAUUUUUUUGUACUAAAGGUGUGGACCUGCUGGAGACUUCUAUUCUGAAGCAAAAGAAGCAAUAUCCCCAGCCAGCUCUGGAAAAAAGGGCAAAUUCUCUUGAAGUAGAUGCUAGGAAUGCACAGAGAUUCUCGAAGGACAAAGAAAAAUAUUAACCUGCCAAAGAGACUUGUCUUAGACAUCAAGAAGCUCAGGGAUAAAAUGGAAAUUGUCAGCAGGCUGCUCUUCAAAAAUGCCUUCAAAUGCUGAGCAGAAAGCUCUCCAGGGCUGUGCAAGUAAAGCUGCACAUGGACUGUCCCAGCUGCGAUGGGAACAGAUCUCAACUCCAAAUCCCUCAUCACAUUCCCAUAGUUCGGGAGACUCGGGGGACACUGUGGUGCUCAUAUUCUGACUAACACACCAUCACUGGCCAGUAAGUAGCAAAAGUGUAUGUGGAGGGUAAGAACCGUUAUAGAUACGUGUUUGGAUAUUUUUCUUUAAUGUUUUGGUACAAAUUUGAUUUGAGCACCUGGUGAGGUUGGCCAGGCUGGGCCCACUCUUCAGCCUGAGCAUCAUUUUGGCCUGAGACAGCUGUCCAGGGCAGGAAGGGUCAGCCAAAGCAGUGAAAAGCUUAGAAAAGUGACGCCAACAAAGUCCUGCAAUGGCAAGUGUUAGAAAACUAAUCAGCCUCAUUGCUAGCUUGUGUAAUGAUUUCACAUCAGAGUAUUCAUCAGGUGCUCAAACCUCUGUUCUGAGGCAAAGGGAACAAACAAGAAGAUCCUUGCUGAUUUUCUGUCUUCUCCUUAGUAAUGAGGAUAAACAUAUGUACAGAGGGAUCCCAUCCAUCUCAGGAGGAUGUGCUCCUCCUUAAAUCCUGUGGCUGCUUUAUUUGGAUUAAACAACACUGGCUCCAAAGGUGUGACAGUAGUUGGCCAGCAUGCAGUUGCUCUUGCUUGACCCAUAUCUGGAAGAUCAACACCAUUCCUCGUGAUAUCAAGGAAUAGCCCGGGGAUCUAUCUCAGCCUAACUUUGAAUGGACAGAGUGGUGAUUUGAUUCUGGGCUUCCACAGUUACGCUCAUCAUUUUUCCUACUGCCUUCAUACAAAGUUCCCUUCUCUCAAUCAUUUUUCACUUUCCAGUAUCUCUGUCAACAUGAGUUGACUAUAGUAUUGCUGAUUCUCACUGAUUAUUCAAAAAGCAUUUGAUGCUUUUGUUUUGUGUUCCCUUUUUCCUUAAAAUCCUAGCUCUGAGUCCUAGUUUCUGUAUUUGGUUCCCUUUGUACUGUGGAAGAAAUGUGAAGUCUCUAGUCUUAUAGAAAUACUUGAAAACUCAAUGGACAUAGACAGCACAGUAAUCAACGGUAAAUUUAGAUAAAUAAUAUACUGUUUUCUGAAGCCUUGGCCACAACUUUGAACAUUAAGGUUUAAAAUGGUGAUCCUAGCUAAAACAAUCAAUAUUUACAUAUUCUUUCAGAAAAUCUCCACUUUAGACCCCGCUUUUAUGUCAAAGGAGCAUCCCUGCUUGUUUUCUGACUUCAACAUUUUACACAUUUUUUGGAAAUGUUGUAGUGAAGCCUAAAGAAGUAAUAAGAUGAUGUCAAAGUAAAUGAGGAUUUUUGCAUUUAAUUCUUCGCUGCUGUUUUGUGGUCUCAGGCAAGAAAUUUGUCUCUCUUUCUCUCUGCUUUGAUUCUCUGUCUCUGGGGAUGAUAGAACUUUUUCCUGGAAAUGCAUUAUUUUAGUCACUGUGAAAGAUAACAAAGAGGCAACACACUAGGCUCAGGGCAUUGUGGUAAGCAUGUCAUCUCAAAAGAAAUAGGGAAAAAAAAAUCCCCACCUCUGAGGCUCUGGAUGUUUGAGGCUGAAUCGUUGUGAAUAAUUCUACCAAGUUAUGGUGUCCUCUGUGAGCCUGUGAGGUAAGGAUGCCAAUUUGCACCUCAGCUGGUUAAUGAUUUGAACCUUGCUGCUGCCUCAAGCCUUGUUUUUACUAAUAUAUUUUCAGCUCUAAUAUUGUGAAAGGCUUCAGAAAACCUACACAUCUGUGAAAUGACAAAGUGGGAUGAGUUUGCUUUAGUCUAUCUAAAUAAGAAACAUGGUACUGAAUAAAUUGCUUCUAUGCUGC